UCCUUUGAGUGAUUGGCAUUUCAUAUCUAUUUCAUAGUCACUUUAAUCUUAUUCAGUAUUUUCCUUUAAUGAGUCAUUUGUUUUCAGAGUUGAUUUGCUUGCAAUUAAAAUGUUUGACUUCAUUACUUAAAUUAUUUAGAUUGUGUUAGCUAUUUUUUUCCUCUUCUUCUUAAUUGUGAUUUAACUUAGAAUCAAAUAAUGAUCCACUUAUGGAUUACACAGUCUAAUUGUCAUUUUUGAUUUAAUUUCUAAAUCUUGGUCAUCAUCUAAUCAUCAUUUUUGGCUCCAUCUUAACUGUGGAAAUUAGUCAUUUCCAAAGAAAUGAUUAAAAUGGAGAGGAAGCUCACGAAAACUAAUCAUUUCAAUUACUAGUACGUGUUGAUCAACAUCUAAUUCAAACAUCUUUAAUUCAUCAAUUUUAAAAUUCAUCUUUGUGCUUACCUAUUGUAUUGUUUUUAUAAUUAUCAUAAUCGUAAUCAUGAAGACUUGUGGAUCUAAAACGAUCUCUAAAGUGCCUCAUCAGUACCAGAUCGAAGCAUUGGAAAUCGCUAUGGAGAGAAAUGUUAUUCUUUGUCUUCCAACAGGUUCGGGUAAAACUUUCAUCGCCAUAAUGGUGAUCAAUGAAUUCGCUGAACAGUUGAAUCGACCUUUUUCGCAAGGUGGUAAGAGAGCUUUUUUCUUGGUUCCUACAAAAGUUCUGGUGGGUCAACAAGCGGACGCUCUUAAAGCUGAUUCCCUUUUCUCUGUUGGCCGUUUUUCGGGUGAAUCGAAAGAUGGUUUUGGUGCCUCAAUUGAUUCUUGGACGAAAACCUUUUGGACCGAUCGAUUUGAAAAGUAUCAAGUUCUGGUUAUGACAAGAAAAAUUUUCCUCGACAUUUUGACAUCUGGUUAUAUAUCGACUUCAUCAAUCGCCACCAUCAUUUUUGAUGAAGCUCAUCGAGGUGCACCAAAUGCUAAAGGUAAACUUACAUCGGAUGAUUAUGUUAACAUCAUGAGCAUUUUAAAAGCAAAAGGUCAUCCUGAUAUUCGGAUUAUCGGAUUAACAGCGAGUUUAAUCAACAAUCGUUGGAUUUCUGAUGAUAAAAUGGAUCAGGUAAUAAGUACCAUUGAGGAUACUUACGAUGCGAUUGUUUAUUUUCCUGAUUGUGCUCGUGGUACUAAACCAAAGGAAAUUAUUUGGUGCUACAGAGAGCGUGCUGGUUGGGACAUUAUCGACGAUUCUCAAGAGAUUCCUAAUAGUUUACGUUUUGCGGCCUCACAAAUUCCUGUGAAAAAGGGUAGUGAAGAUGACGAUGAGUACGUUCCCAUGGCCGUUUUUCUAGAAAAUGACGCGAUUCCGGUUACUCCGAAACAGAUCAAACAUACUUUCGAGGAACUGGCUCGUAUUUGUAGUACGUUUGGACCUUGGUCAUUAAGUCAGAGUUUAAGUUUUAUUCUCAAGAGUUUCGAAGUCGUUUGUGAACAGAUUAGUCAUCUGAGAAGUUCAUUCGUCGAAGUUAUCGAAAUGGUAAUUGUAACUUUAAGAGAGUUCAAGGAAGUCGUUCAGGAGAAACUUGGUACUUAUGAUAAAGGGAAAGAUCUUUUAGCAGGUGUCACCAACAAAAUGCUUCGACUUCUUCAGGUUCUUUACGAGUUUGACCAGAAACCUUCGGACGAACCUUUAUCGGCCAUUAUUUUCGUGGAAAGACGACUUGAUGCUAUGGUUUUAUCAAAGUGGUUGAACGCAAUCGCCGCAUCGAUACCCGAAUACAGUUUCAUCAAGUCUUCUUUCACCGUUGGUUCAUCUACAACUGCACCAUUUCCGUUCAAUUCUUCCUUGAGGUCUCGACAACCAAAUACAAUCGAAGAUUUCAAGAAACGAAACCUCAACAUUAUCGUGUCAACAUCAGUGCUUGAAGAGGGUCUCGAUAUCACACAUUGUAACUUGAUCAUUCGCUAUGAUCCAGCUAGCACGUUUCGAGCUUAUGUACAAAGUAAAGGACGUGCUCGAAGUACUCAAGCUUAUUUUGUUUUCUUUGCACCAGAAGAUCAGAAAAUUGAAGUGAAGAACACUAUCAAUAUGUAUCAUCUUACUGAGAAGCGACUUCCCAAUUAUCAAAAGCCCGACUUUUCAAGUGACCUUUUAAACUCGAAUGGUGAAGAAUUUUUGAGAUCAACUGAAGGUGGAAUCUUACCUUACAGUGAGAGUAAAAAUCGAGUCAUUUUCUAUUGUGAUCAUUUACCUGCCGAUGCUUUUACCAGAAAAGUGCCAAAGAUCAACACUGAGAAAAUUUAUCCUUCCACAUUAACUGAGUCCAAACUCUAUCGUUGCCACUUGAAGCUACCGAAAAUAUCACCACUUCACAAGUUGAUCAUUUCCGGUAGAAAGCAAUUGGAUAAACAAUUAGCAGAAAUGGACGCUUAUUAUGAAGCAGUUAAAAUCCUUUGGGCUCAUGAAGAGUUGGACGGUGGUUUUCGACCUUUGGACAGUAAAAUUAUCUUGGAUAAACUUAUAGAAAAGUACAACCUGAAGACGGAUCGAACUGAACUCAAAGAUUGGGAAAAAGAAUGUAACUCAAUUCGAAAAGUUUGGAGAGAGGAAAACGAGAUAAAUGGCAACAAUAAACGAGAAGCACCAGAAUUGCCACCAAAACCUGGUACUCACAAGAAGCGUCGUCGAUAUGGUUUGGUCUAUUCGAAAGUUCUAACAGGUUAUCAAUCUAUGGAUUCACCUUGUUGGCUUUAUAAAGUGACCUUAACAAAAGUAACAGGUGGUCAAUCGAUCCAUUUUGGAGAUUUGGGAUUGAUUUCGUUUAAUUUACUUCCUGAUGAGAUUGGUGAUAAAAUGUCAAUCUACUCGACUAAAGAUCAACUGAAAGUAUCAUUCGAGUUGAUUAGAAACUUUGUCUUGAAGGAACGAGAACUCGAAAAUCUAAAAAACUUUCAAGAGUUCAUAUUCUCCGGUUGUUUAAAGAUCGGUCUCGAUUCUGAAAGACUCAAGUCAAAGAUCUUUUUUACUUCAGCGGUUUCUCCUUAUCACUUGUUAUUCGCCUUCUUAACCGAUGAAAACUCAAUCGACUUUUCAAUUAUCAAGCAAUCAUACAAUCGACGACCAAUUGAAUCUAAAGAUUACCCAAAUCUACCUGGUGCCUUGAUUAGUAAGAACUAUGGUCCGAAUAGGAGAGGAUUGUUUUUGGUGGAAAGUGUUGAUUACGAGUUGUCACCAAAAUCUAAAUUCCCUGUCGACAAUUCUGGUUUCGCUGAUUAUGAAGAUUAUUAUCGAGAGACUUACCAAGUGCCUUCUCUAAAUGAAAAUCAACCACUUUUGGCCUGUUACCCAGCACCGACCCGAACUUAUUUCCCGUCGCAACCCAAUAAGCCAAGCGUAAAAUCAUUGAAAAAUCUGAAGUUGGUCCACCUCAUUCCCGAAAUAUGUCAAUUUGAAUUUUUUUCAGGCUAUUGUGUCGAAAUCGCUUACACAAUACCAGCCAUUUCAUCGGCUCUCAAUAGAUGUUUGAUUGCAAGUGAAAUCCGUAAGCGCCUUUGCUCAGAGAUUGGUUAUGGUUUGGUUGACAUACCUGCUAAUGUGAAGAUGACUUGGAAGUGUCAACGAUUCACUAAUUUUAUCCCACUCAAAGUCGAGGUGAAUAAUGUCUCCCAUUCAACCAAACCUGUUGAUCUUUCAUAUGUCACUUGUAAACGCUACUACAAACUACAAGAAAAGACCAACCUUACUGCAUCUACAUUAUCAUUGGAUAAGUUUGAAGGUCUGGAUGAUGAAACUUUCCCAACUGAAGACAGUGAUGAAGAUGAAUAUGAAGAAUUGUCAGAUUUUGAAGAUGAUUCCGAAGAUUCGAUUGAAAAUCACAAUAAAUCUAAAGAAUUCAACCCUGAAGUACUUGAAAGACAAAACUCUGCCAAAAACGACCCAAAUGACGCGAUCGAAAUCUUCCAGACCAACAGAGCGACCAUAUUCAGUGCUAAACCUGCACCCGCUAUCGCCCCAGUCAAAUGGACUGACAGAGGUAUUAAAAUAAACUGCGACAUUAAAAAGAUUGGUCAGCAACUUGGAGAUAAAUCACUAAGACUAGAAAGGCUAGAAAACGACGAGAUUGAAAAAAUGGUCGCCGAUUCUAUUAAACUUAACGAUUUCAACCUAGAGAACAGUCUAAUCAUUUCAACAAAUUCUAUUUAUCAAGACCAUUCAUCUACUUACAAAUAUGGCCUACCAAUUGAACUUAUUAUCGAAGCGAUGACCACGAAGAAGCACAAUCCGUUCAUCAACUUGGAACGAUUAGAAAUCAUUGGCGAUUCUUUCCUUAAAUACAUCGUAUCAUCAUUUCUUUUUCUCAAACUGUACGAUUUGAACGAAGCACGAAUUACUUUUCUAAAGAUGACCCUAAUCUCGAACUUUAAUCUUCUUCAUCUUGGUCGAUCGAAAGGAUUAGCUCAACAUAUUUGUGACAGAACAUUUUAUCCUCGAGCUAAUUGGUUACCACCAUUCUAUUCAUCUGCAAAUCGAGAGUUUACCGAGCAAGAAAUUUCUGAUAAAAGUAUCGCUGACAUGGUCGAGGGUAUGAUCGGGGCUCAUCUAACCUGUUUAGGUGAAGAUGCAGCUAUUCAAUUCCUUUGUUGGCUUGGAAUGCCGUUAACCACCCUAGAGACAUCCGAUUGUCCGUCGUCUUCGAGUUCAUCGCGAGGUAACAAGUGGUUACCAACUUACAACGAAAUCCUUCCGAUGGAAAAUCCUGAAGAGAUUAAUAAAAUUUGGAAGUCUUCGAAUCUCUUCUUGUUAGAGAAUAAGCUUGGCUAUGUUUUCAAACGAAAAGAUCUAUUGAUCGAGGCUCUGACUCACCCUUCUUGGUGUCGAUCUCGUUUGAACAGUUACCAGCGUCUCGAAUUUAUCGGUGAUGCUGUUCUUGAUUAUUUGAUUACUGCUUAUAUUUACGAUCAUCCAAAUUACCAACAUUUGACUCCAGGCGAUGUAACUUAUAUUCGUCAAGCGUUGGUCAACAAUGAUUAUUUCGCAACAAUUUCUUUGGUCAACGAGUUCAAUAAAUUUAUCUUCCAUUCGUCAUCAACCCUCUACUCUGCUAUUGUCGAGUUCCGUCAACAACUUAUCAACAAUGAUCUUUUCGCUGGAGAUAAAGUUAAACUUGGAUCUUUCCUCCUCGAAAACUUGGACAGUUUGGACACCGAUAUAGUGAUCGAUCCACCAAAAGCUCUUGGUGACAUUUUCGAGUCAAUCGCAGGUGCUAUUUACCUGGACAGUGACAACUCUUUGGCCACUGUUUGGAAAGUUUAUUCGAAAUUCUUUGGAAAUGAGAUCGAAUUUUUCUGUGCCAAUGUCCCAAAAAAUCCAACGGUUCGACUAUUCGAAGCUUUUCCCAAUUCGAAAUUUAUAAAAGAGCCAAUUAGUGACUCGAAAAAGGGAAAGAAACGAUUUAAUUUGAUUGUUGAUGGCUGGUCAUUUACGGUCAACGAGGACGAAUUGGCCAAAGACAGAAUGAACAAACGGAAAGAGCGACUCGCCCUCGUGCUUUGUGCCUUGAACACUUUGGCCAAGGAUAAAAAUUUUUAAUCUAAUCAACUUUAAUCCCUUAAUCUUCAUUAUUUACCUGGAUCUAGUUUACCUUUAAUCCGUCCAGUGGUAAUAUGGUCAUAACAA